GCCGAUUCGAUAUGAAGGGAAUGCGGCAGGGUGUCAGUCAGUUCUAUCUACAGUUUUCUCCUGUACAAGCCGGAAAGAAGCAUGAAGGUCGCUGUUGCGUUGGCCCUUGCGGCUCUCAUCGGUGUUGCAUAUGGUGCCACCUACCUACAAAACCCCCAAAUUCCCGGUGGUGAGGAGGCAGAAAUCAACCCCAACGAACGCGUGAUCCAUCAGCAUGAGCCGGUUCCCGAUCUGCCAGAUCCCGGGAGCACCCUCCAUGAAGGCCUGAUCUUCAACGGCAAGAACGCUGGAAAACGUACCGUUAAAGGCGCCGCUGACCUGGCCACCGCCAGUGGUUCCGUCCAAAAAACUAUUGUCGACUAUCAUAAUGAGAAGCGUCGUGAGGUCAAGGGCAAGAACGAAAUGCGCAUGCAAUGGCAUGCCAAAGCAUCGCAAAUUGCUCAAGCAUGGGCUGACAAAUGCGACUUCCGUCAUCCCACAACGGAUCAGGAAAAGAAAACUUUCUUGAACAUUCUAUUGAAGAAAGACACCAAUUGCGGUCAAAGCAUCGCCAUGGGCAGUGGAGACAUGACCUGGAAGCAAGCUAUGGACAUGUGGUACAACGAAAAGAAGGACUUCAAAUGGGGUGUUGAUACCGGAAAAGUCGUCGGCCAUUACACCGCCAUGGUCUGGAAAACUUCCCGCUUUGUUGGAUGCGGUUACAAGCUGUGCAAAGCCGGCACUCCUCAACAGUUCCAUUUCUUCGUCUGCGAUUAUGCUCCAGGUGGUAACGUCUAUCCCAACCACUUGAAGCCAUACGAUGCCGGAAACCCAUGUGACAGCUGCAAGGGUGCUUGCGAAAACGGACUGUGCACGAACGCUUGCGAAUACGAAAACAAGCUGUCCAACUGUGAGAACCCAUCCGGUAACUAUCCUGCUCUCUUCGCCAACGGAUGCGACAAAGCCGAUUCCAUGAUGGACAGCAUGAAGGCUCAAUGCGAAGCCACCUGCAACUGCAAGGGCAAAUCUCUGUAUUAGACAUUAUUAGAUCUACCGCUACUAUCCUACCAAUUAGUGCUACAAUUCUUUCACUCAGUCUUUUUUCUAAUGCUUGCUUGCUAUCUGGUUAGAUUCUGUAGUUCUUCUAAUUUUCUUUAGCUGCACGACGAAUGCAUUUCGCUUUUGACUAGUACUAUUUCUGCAAUUUUUCCUGGUCCUCCGCAGACUCCGCCCAGCUUUCCGUAAUGAAAAAUUGGCUUUGAAGCAGCUUGGGAAGAAUAAGAACCGGCUUGCAAAAGUCGAUAUAAAAUGGGUUUCCCUUUUCUG